AUGAGUGGGAGUUUUGCUUUACCUUAUACAAAUGAUUAUCUGGAUGAAUCCGAAUCAAAAAGACCUUUCAAACCAAGUAGUUACGAAAAACUAUCAUCAAAUUCAUUAUCAUAUUCAUCAGUACAAGAUUCUUUACUUAAUUUCAUAACUAAAUAUAAAAAAUUAGUACUAAUACUAAUAACUUUCAUUUGUCUAUCUUUAUUUACAAAUGUACCUUACAUUCCACAUUUCAAAACAUCAUCUCCAAAAGUAGUUAUAAUAUUAGCUGCUAAUGAAGGAGGAGGAGUUUUAAAAUGGAAAUCACCUCAAGAAUGGUCAGUUGAAAGAUCUUCAAUUGCAAAUAAGAAAAAUUACGCAAAACAACAUGGAUAUGGAUUAACUAUAAAAGAUAUGACGAUAAAAAAGAGAUAUUCUCAUGAAUGGAGAGAAAGUUGGGAAAAAGUUGAUAUAUUAAAACAAACAAUGAGACAAUUUCCUCAAACUGAAUGGUUUUGGUGGUUAGAUUUACAUACAUAUAUAAUGGAACCUCAAAUUUCAUUAGAAAAUCAUUUUUUAAAUAAUUUAGAUAAUUCAACUUAUAGAACUUUAACUAAUUUUAAUCCCUUGGGAUUACCUGUUGAUUUACAAUAUGUUGAUUAUAACAAACCAAUUGAUUUAAUUAUAACUCAAGAUUGUGGUGGAUUUAAUUUAGGUUCUUUUUUAAUUAGAAGAUCUGCUUGGUCAGAAAUGUUAUUAGAUAUAUGGUGGGAUCCAGCAAUGUAUGAACAAAUGCAUAUGACUUGGGAACAUAAAGAACAAGAUGCUUUAGAAACUUUAUAUUCAACACAACCUUGGAUACGAGAAAGAACUGGGUUUUUACCUUUAAGAACUAUAAAUGCUUUUCCUCCUGGUGCUUGUUCAGAUCAAGCUGAUGAUCCUCAAUAUUUUUUUAAAGAUCAUGAUUUUGUUGUUAAUAUGGCUGGUUGUGAAUGGGGUAGAGAUUGUUGGGGAGAAAUGGAACAUUAUAAAGCUUUAUCUAAAAAAUUACAUAAAAGUUGGUAUAAUUUUUGGCAGUAA